GAAUAUCACCCAUGGCUAGCUACUUUUUGACUUACCGACUCUAGCGGCAAAAAUGGGAAGUAAAUAAUUCGUGUGAAGUGAGGACGGAAGUGGAAUUGAAGUAGCGUGCGCAACCUUUCGCGUUCCCCGACAAGAGGCGCAAACAUGGCAGAGGUUGAUGAAACUCAGAAGAAGAAGAGGGCCUUCAGGAAGUUUACCUUCCGAGGCGUCGACCUGGACCAACUCCUCGACAUGCCCAAUGAACAGCUGAUGGAGCUGCUACACGCUCGUGCUCGCAGGCGUUUUUCACAUGGUCUCAAGCGCAAGCCGAUGGCUCUUGUGAAGAAACUCCGUAAAGCGAAGAAGGAGGCUCCUCCAAAUGAGAAGCCAGAAAUUGUCAAGACUCACCUUCGCAACAUGAUCAUUGUCCCAGAAAUGGUUGGAUCCAUUGUUGGCGUUUAUAACGGAAAGACUUUCAACCAGGUGGAAAUUAAGCCUGAGAUGAUCGGACACUACCUUGGGGAGUUCUCUGUCACCUACAAGCCUGUUAAGCAUGGUAGGCCUGGUAUUGGUGCUACUCACUCCUCCAGGUUUAUUCCUCUCAAGUAAAUUGCUUGUAUGUAAUAAAUAAACGGCGUAAAAUACCA